AUGCAGCAGCGGAGGGUGCCCUUGGCCGUGUCUCCUGCGCAGACGACUCGCCGUCGCAUCACUGUCAAGGUGAUGCUCGCCAUGCUCAUCACCACUUACGCCACCCUUCAUCUCAUUCUCUUCGCCGCCUCGGCUGAUGCUUGGAACAAGGCGCGACACGAGAGUUGCGAGGUGGCUGGUCUCAACUGCAGCUUUACCCUCAUGGCCCACCAUGGUAUCGUGGCCUUUGUUGCCCUCGUCUGCUUCGUCACAACCGCCGUCAUGGCCGUCGGUGCCUUGCCCCGAGCAAACGAGUUGCCUCUCAAUCCGUUAUAUUUCUUCCGCGCCGUGCUCUUCACAAUCUUCCUGCUACUUCCCGUCGUCUGCAUCGGAUGGUCCAACUUGAGGCCGGUGGUGGAUUUCUCCUUUUCAACCGAUGGCCAACAUGCUGGCGACGAGAUUCCCCUCGCCGAGAGACGGCCCCUGUCCGGAAUCGGCGGUGCUUUCUUUCUCGGCGUACACGAGAUGCGUUCCGCCAAUGUCAUGGCUCACAUCACACUUAUUUUUGCCGCACUCGUCGCCGGCGUCGCCGCGGCCCUGGCACCUCCUUCGGUCGUCUGCCUCGACGACCCCCGAGACACUCCUGCUUGCUGA